AUGGGUGCCAACAUUCCAAUCACUUGGCAGUAUACCCCACAAGCGAAUCAGCUUCCAGGCACUUUAAGUGUAGUCAAUAACGCGACUCAAAAUACAACCGUUAUUGACCGUGCAGUAAAUCUCACUGCUCAAGCUUACCAAUGGACGGUCAGUGUUCCCGCGGCCUUUUAUUACCUUGCUCUCAACGAUGGUUCUGGUGAUAAGUACUCGGGAGCUUUCGAAGUCUAUAAUGCCGGUCAACCGGCUCAAGCGAGUGCCCCAGCUCAA